GUAGACUAGAUCUGGCUGAAGGACAUAACACUGUACCAUGCUCCGCAAUGGCCUAGGAAAGACCUUUCGAUUUCUGGGGUAUACUGUGCAAUAUGGCUGCGUAGCGCACUGCGCCUUUGAGUACCUUGGAGGGAUCGUUGUGUGUUCUGGACCUUCAAUGGAACCAACCAUUCAGAAUUCUGAUAUUGUCUUUUCGGAGAACCUUAGCCGCCACUUUUACUGCAUUCGAAAAGGAGAUAUUGUAAUUGUGAAAAGCCCAAAUGACCCCAAGUCAAAUAUCUGUAAAAGAGUAAUUGGCUUGGAAGGGGACAAAGUCUGCACAAGCAACCCUUCAGAUUUCCUUAAGAGUCACAGCUAUGUGCCUAAAGGACACGUUUGGUUAGAAGGUGACAACCUCAGGAAUUCUACAGACUCGAGGUGCUACGGACCUGUUCCUUACGGACUGAUAAGAGGACGGAUUUGUUUUAAGAUAUGGCCUCUGAAUGACUUCGGAUUUCUACGUGCAAGCCCUAAUGGUCAUAGAUUUCUUGAUGACUGAAAGAUUUAAGUGACUAUUGCCAGCUUUCAUAAUAUUUUCUACUGAAGUCAUGGAACUAUUUUUGUUUAGAAUAAACACAAGUGUUACUUGA